AUGGCCGUGCUGCUGGCGGCGGCACAAGCGCUGCUGCUGCUGCUGCUGGGGCUCCUGGGGCUGCCCGGGCUCCCCCAGCGCCUCUGCUCGCCCACCGCCUUCUACAAGAACUGCUGGAUCCGGCGCUUCCCGGGGCUCCUGCUGGACCUGCGGGAGUCGCGGCGCCGGGGAGCGCGGCUGCUGCGCGGCUACGCCGAAACCUCGUCCCAGCAGUGCAGCAGGAGCUGCUGCCUCCUGAGCAACGUCUCCUGCAAUCUAGCAGUGUUCUACCACGGAGCCAUUCAUGGGAACAGGAACUGCCUGCACAUGUCUUGCCCAGCUUUGGAAAGCUGCAUUCUAAAGGCUGGAGUUGAUGUCAUUUUGUACAACAUCACAACAGGGAUUGAUCCAGAUCUUCUCAUUUUUGAGAAACUGAAAUCCCAAGAAACAAAUGCCUACUCCUCAGCAAGUAAAUCUGAGAGGCAGCACAGCACAAAGACCCCUGACGGGGGAAGAUGCCAACAUCACAACGGCACCACGUCAGGUUCUCCUCUGCUCCAAGCUCCUCCUGCUGCCACGAGCCAUGGCUUACCAGCAAACACUCCCAGCCCCAGCUGGAGCCUGACAGUGCAGAGAACUGAAGGUGCUGCCUAUGCCAGGGCACAAACCUCCCCAGCAGCCAUUGAUCUUACUGAGAGGACAAGCAGCAGGUCAGUCAUCACCAGCUCAGCCAAGAGUGCACACUCAGCUUUGAACCCCAAGCCUGCCCAGGUGUUAUCCCACGUGCCCACCCGUCCUCACCUGAACAGCAGCAAGCAGCACCCCAAUGAAACCAAAGGCUACAGUGGGAGGAAUUCCACAUCAGACAAUGAGGCAGCAGCCUGGGAAGCUGCAGCUUUGGGGGUCUGGCUGAUUCCUGUUGUCCUGUGCUCCUCUCUCCUCUGCCUGUGCUGUUGCACUGUUGCCCUCACAGCCGGGCGCUGCAGCUACAGGAGGGGUCACUACAAACCUGUAAGGACAAGAACAACCAUGUCCAGACAGCUCAUGAAACAUGCUCCUGGCAGAGGUAAUCUGUGA